AUGGUCGGCCGGGAGAAGGAGCUGAAGAUUCGCUUCGUACCGGGCUGCUGCGAGCUGGUGGAGGAAGAUGUUGAUGUCCCCAGUAGGCGAGUUUUGAUUACUGGUGCUACAGGACUUCUUGGCAGAGCUGUGUUUAAAGAAUUCAAUGAAAAUAAUUGGAAUGCAGUUGGCUGUGGAUACAGGAGAGCUCAGCCCAGAUUUGAACAGAUUAAUCUUCUGGAUUCUAUUGCCGUUCAUGACAUAAUCUAUGAAUUUCAGCCUCAUGUUAUAGUGCAUUGUGCUGCUGAGAGAAGGCCAGAUGUUGUAGACAGUCAACCAGAUGCUGCUUCUCAGCUCAAUGUGGCUGCUUCAGGGAACUUAGCUAAAGAGGCAGCUGGAGUUGGAGCGUUUCUGAUCUACAUUAGUACAGACUAUGUAUUUGAUGGAACAAGCCCUCCUUAUAAAGAGACUGAUGUACCGAAUCCCCUGAAUUUAUAUGGUAAAACCAAACUGGAGGGUGAAAAGGCAGUCCUGGAAAAUAAUGAAGAUGCUGCAAUACUUCGAAUUCCUAUCCUGUAUGGAGAGGUAGAGAGGCUGGAGGAAAGUGCUGUGACAGUUAUGUUUGAUAAAGUGCAGUUCAGUAAUAAAUCUGCCAACAUGGACCACUGGCAACAAAGGUUUCCUACUAAUGUCAAGGAUGUAGCAGCUGUUUGCAGACAACUAGCAGAGAAGAGAAUGCUGGAUCCAUCAGUAAAAGGCACAUUUCACUGGUCUGGCAAUGAACAGAUGACUAAGUAUGAAAUGGCAUGUGCAAUUGCAGAUGCUUUCAACCUUCCUAGCAGCCACUUGAGACCAAUUACUGAUUGUCCAGUGGUGGGUGCUCUUCGUCCUAGGAAUGCUCAGCUGGACUGCUCCAAGUUGGAGAUGCUGGGGAUAGGUCAGAGAACACCAUUUCGAGCUGGGAUCAAAGAAUCACUUUGGCCUUUCCUUGUUGACAAGAGAUGGAGGCAGACAGUCUUCCAUUAGUUUGUAACUUUUUUAGUAAAAGU